AUGGAAAUCAACGAUGUACCGACCGAUUCGAGACAGACUCAGCUCUGUCUGGUAGCAUGGCUAUUUACCGGCAUGGCCAUUGUCACCGUCCUGACCAAGCUCUUUACAACGAUAGUCAUAUUUCAAAGACCUGGCUGGGAUGACCUGUUGAUUCUGUUAUCAUUGCUUGGAAGCAUCGUUGCCUCUGCUCUGGUGCAGGCCUCUGCAGAUCUCGGUUUGGGUCGACACACAGCUUCUGUCGCUGCAGAGCCUGGAGGCGUACAAAGGAUGGUCAAGACCAAGAUUCUACAAGUUGUUGGCUAUCCCUUCAACAUCAUGGCCUACAGUCUCCCUAACGUUGCCAUCUUGAUCCUGAUCGAACGUCUCGUUGGCAACACGAAAACAAUGACCCGUCGGUUCCUCCGUGCUGUCGUAGCUAUACAGAUUCUUCUCGCUACAAUAUCGGUUGUCAUAAUCUUUGCUCAAUGCCGACCUACCAAGAUGCUAUGGGAUCAGUCGGCCAAGGGGGAAUGUUGGAGUCCAGACGUCUUCAACCAGUCUUCUUAUGUCGUCAGCAGUUUCACGGUCUUGACUGAUCUCGUCCUUGCUGUUGUCCCGAUCCACGCAUUUUGGAAACUACAACUGAAGAGACAAGAGAAGUUGGAGAUCACAUUCAUGUUGGGCUUGACAUUCCUUUCUGCUGUUUUCACAAUUGUCAAGGCAACGUAUUUGUAUACCUUCAAUGAUCGAACAGAUCCUUUAUACAAUGUCGUGACUUUGAUCAUUUGGGGCUUGGUUGAACAAAACGUUGUCAUAAUGGCCGCAAGCGUCCCGACCUUAAGACCGCUCAUUCGACUUAUAAAGGAUAAACAUCCGAUGCGUAGCGCAGUUGGUUACAUCAAGAGCGGCAGUGGAGCUGACCCGAAGCAUAAUGAGUCAAUAUCCGAGGUUCCUCUCGAUUAUAUACAGCCCAAACCGGAGAAAGAAAGACAACUCAGUCUCGGAAGGAAUAGUUCUACGGAAGAACUGAAUGGGAAUGUGGCAAGAUUGUAA